UCGAAUCGUGCCGGCGGAGUGGCCAGUAACGCAGCAACCGCUCCAGUUUCACAGCCGAGUCCGAAUAACAGUCUGCCGGUGCUUUUUGCCUUUCCUGUCAGCCUUUUUCGACACAAAAACCGCGGUCUCUAGCGGAAUGCGAAGGUUAAGAGCGCCGUUCUUUGUUUUACAGUCGUCGUGUUGCUGCUGCUUCUGAAGCCUGCAAACAAACGUGCGGACAGAAGUUGUUGUGUUUCGUCGAUUUUUCAAAGUCGUUACGGUUUGCUUGCUAGAGCUCGAUACAGCUUUUAGUUUAUUUUACUGUGGAAUUGCGGUCCAGUGUUGAAAACUCGUCUAGUUUCAGUUAUUUUUUUGAAGGAUCGUUUGUUACAGUAAUUCAAACUUGGUGAAAUAUAUUUUAAAACCUUAGCAUUCGAAAACUUUGGGUCAAGCAUCUGGCCAACCGUUUCAAAGUUCGUUCAGUACACAGACCCCUGUUUUCAGCUUCGAGUUCGUUUCUCUUAUUAAAAAAAAAAAUCCCCUAAAUUCUGUCACUGUUUUGAAAAUGUUACUUUGACAAAAACUGGUCAACUUCUAAAUUAUCGGGUCAACACGUUUAAUGGAUGCUUGCGUUGAUUAAAAAUUCACUUGUGAAUAAAAAGUUUCUGUUCUAUCAAGUUCACAGAUUAUUAGUUGUAUACAUUGAAUACACGAAUUUUGAUAGUGUGGAAUAUUCUACUGGUAACUGGAAGAAGUUGGAUUCAAUUCGUUUGAUCAUCUGACGAGUGGAUAUUUAACGAGUAUCGAACAUUUUUUCGAACUGUCUCAUACAUGAAGAUAGUGGCAGAUUUGAAAUAAGCAUAAAUAUUAUUCAUCAUAUACUUUCUACGUAUACCUUUGGAUUACGGUGUUUCAUAAGAGGAGCACCUGUAUGUUUUUAUUGAAAGAGUGUCAACCAGGAGUCACCCUGUCACUCACGCUGUAUCCUCAGACGGCCCUUCGCCUGCCCACGAGAAAUACAACUCGAGCAUUUUAAGUUGAUCGAAACUUGGAUUACUUUGGACCGUUGGAUGCAAAAUGGCUGUGGCAGCUCCUUGGUAUUUGGGCAUGGAAACGAUGGCUCCACCUUUGGGCGAACACCACGACGCCUACAAUAGUAUGCUGGGCAUGAACGGCGCCCUGAUGAUGCCGCACCUGAACGGCGUCAAUGCGGCGGCCUCGUCGGCUGCGGCUGCGGCAGCUGCAGCGGCUGCGGCUGUCAAGCAACAACAGCAGCAGGCUGCGGCGGCAGUCCAACAAGUGAAUGGCUCGGCGGCGUCGACUGCUGCUGCCAACUCGGCGGCGCAGACUGUGGCGUCCAACGCUGCAGCCGCCACUCAGCCGCAGCCGCAGACGCAGCAGCCGCAACAGUCGUCUUCGGGCCGAUCCACGCCCAACAGCAGCGACCCAGCCGCUGCCAAGCUGUUUGUCGGCGGACUCAGCUGGCAGACAUCCUCUGAGAAGCUGAGACAGUAUUUCGGCAUGUUUGGCAGCGUCACCGAUGUCCUCAUCAUGAAGGAUCCCAUCACUCAGAGAAGCCGCGGAUUCGGAUUCAUCACGUUCUCAGACCCGGAAACUGUGGAGAAAGUACUCAAAGUGCCUAUCCACACACUUGACGGCAAGAAGAUCGACCCAAAACACGCGACACCCAAGAAUCGGCCGAAGCUCACCAACAGAACCAAGAAGAUCUUUGUGGGAGGGGUGAGCCAGGACACAUCGUCGGAGGAGGUGAAAGCUUACUUUGGACAGUUCGGCAAGGUGGAGGAGACGGUAAUGCUGAUGGACCAGCAGACAAAACGUCACCGCGGCUUUGGGUUCGUGACAUUCGAGAGCGAGGAUGUGGUCGAUCGCAUCUGCGAAAUCCACUUCCACACGAUCAAGAACAAGAAGGUGGAAUGCAAGAAGGCGCAGCCCAAAGAGGCGGUGCAGAGCGGUCUGCUUCUGAGCAAGCGGGUGAUGAUGGGAGUGGGCCCACUGAGAAUGGCCGCCCCUGCGUCUGUGGCCCCCGUAGUGGCCGCCCAGGCCCAGGCCCAGGCCCAGGUGCAGGCCGUGGUUGCGGCCCAGAACGCUGCCCAGAGUGCCGCUUACGGCAAACUGCUGAGUGGAUGCGGCUACCCGGGUCUCGGCUACCGCUAUGCUCCCUACCCGGUCACCGCUCCCCCCACCCCUGCUCCGCCUGCUCCCCCCGCUGCCCCCACCCUGCAGACCCUGGCCCCCCUCACUACCACGGCCACCAACCCCUACCAGGGCUACAACCUCACCAAUGUUGACAUGUCUAGCUUCCAGGGUGUCGACUGGAGCUCCAUGUACGGCAUGGGCAUGUACGUUUGAAGCCCCACCACCCAGUAUCCAAAUAUUUUGAGCAAAACUUGUGAUGAUUAAUACAUAAGAGUGAGUCAGUCACCUUCACUUACUAUCACACAUCUAGUGGUUGUUGGCUACUACUACUAAUCUAUCUCAAUCUCAAUUUUACGGAUACUACUAAUAACCAACCAACUUGAGUUGUUGAUAGUUGUUUACAAACUAUCUGUUGCGGUCUUUGACUACCGCUUUGCUCACUAAGAUUUACAUUGUAAAUGAGACACACAAAAAGAGAAUGAAAUGUUGCAAAAACAAUUUACACCGUGAAAUCUAAUUUUUUUCUAAGCAAUAACUUGCAAUAAAUAAGAUACUACUAUGACUAUUUCUACUACUAUCUAAUUGCUCUAAUCUAACUGGCUCUUGUUCAGUAUUAUUAUUGAAUUAGCCUGUGCGCCAAUUUCAAUCUUCCGACGAAUCGGGUAAAUUUAUAUAAUGUAGUAUUAUGCGGAAAUAUUGUAUACAGAGAAUUUCAUCAAAAUAUUGUUGUUACUUUGGUGACCGAUUUGUUAGUGUCGCUCAUUAAUUACAGCGAAUGAACAGUGCCAUAUAUAUUUAUAUAUAUAUCCAAUAUAUAACAUAUAUAAAACUAAUUGUAAAUACACAGUAAAUAAUCUGUAAAUUUCGUCAUCAUUUUUGAAUCCACCAACAAAAGAGGUGAAUCUUUUCCUUUGAGAAGAACUAACUCAUUUUGAAACUUUCAUUUUCUUUUAUAUGUGACAGGUGUUGAUACAAUAUUUCGUUCAAAAUUCGGUCUGAUCUCAGUGUGAUAGGAGAAUCGACUAAUUCGGUUAGUCGGUCGGUAAUAUCGCAUAAUGAUUUGUUUAUACUUUGGACUGUCGUAUUAUAUUUAGCUGGAUAUCAGAGUUUGUUACAAUGCAUCACACAGUUGUGUGGAGAUCUUGAAUAUCUAGUCAGUUUCAUUUCAAUUGUUGAUGUUCCGUGUUAGUUGUAAGUUAUUGUGUAUUAUUUCGUUUACUAUUCUUUAUGAUGACUGCUGUUCUUAUUCCUAGUACGAUCGAUAAGCGAGUAUUCAAUGCUGAGAAGCAAGUAAUUUCUUCGAUCUAUCGAUAAGUCUAAAUUAUUAUUUUCAUAAGUGAUGUUCCUGUAUUAUAUAAUUUAUUACACUCGGUAUAUUGUCAAGUUGAUUGUGAAUACUGUCAUGAAUCAAGGUGUUUAGUAGCAAAGUGAAGCACUUAUCAACAUUCCAUUACCACAAGACUAACAAAUAAUAAAACAGUUUGAUUUCAAAAUAAAACAGUCGCAUCUGUUUAACUGACAACUUUUAAUUUUAUUUCCAACUUUGUUCAAGAAGUCGUCUAAACAAUUGUUGAUUAUAACUUCGAGUGGACCAAAUUUUCUUUCUUCCUAUAAAAUUGAUCAGAAAUCUCUUUGUUCCAAUCCACUCAAUCCAAUGACUUAAUCCACUUUUCAGAAAUAUUCAGUAUCUCCUCUCAUUUUCGUGGGCGCAUUAUAAGAAAUAUUUUGUUUCAAAAAUAUUCUGUAAUACAUUCAAUAACCAUGUUAUUAUUUUCCUCCUUAUCAUGAGAGUGCUUCACCCUCCAAAAGAAAGAAAUGUAUAUUUUGGUUCGAAGAAGAAUGUUAAUUUGUAGUUUUUGAUUAUAUUCAUUUUUAUAUUAAUGUAAAUUAUGAUACUGUAGUGGUUUUUGUAAAGAUUUGUGUAUACUAGUAGGAACUAUUAAAUUUUAGUGACUGAGGCAACGUUAAUAGUAAUAAUUGAAAAAUUUGUUAGUCGACUCUGAGCAUUCUGAAGUGUUCUCUUUCUCUCUCUAUUUACAAUAUUAAUUUAAUCUAUAGAAAUUGCAUUUUCAAUCGAACAAUUUUGUUUAUUGAAAUUUGUUUCAUCAGGAUCUUAUUAUACUUCAGAAAUUGCCAGAGAUAUUACAAUUAGUGAAAGGAAAUUGUGAUUUCUUUUAAUUCUAGAAAUUCAUCAUUGAAUUGUCAUCUUCAAAGUUGCAUCUCUUGUUUCGAAAAGCUCUUUAUCACUGAAUACAUAAAAAUAUUAUAAUGAAAAUAACUUAGUAUUAUUGUUAAAUGGAUUUAAGAGGGAUUCCUCGUAAUUUGUAUUUGAAUGGAAAGUAAUUACUAAUUGUUGUAUUUAUUGGGAACGAAAUAAUUGAAUAGUUUUCAAAAAUGCAUUCAAACAAGAGAUGUAAAUGCUUGAAAAUUGAAAUGUUUCAUUUUGUAUUUGGUAUUAGUUGCGGAUGUAACUUGUAAUUUAAUUUUAUUUUUAGAUUAUUGUCUGUGUUGAUGAAUGCCCAAUUCUAGUGAUCACUUUUUCCUUUUGCCUGUGACAAUAUAAUGUGGAAGCAAUAAGUGUAUUAAGAAAAUCAAAGAUGAACCCUCUAUUUUUGUAUUCUAUGAUGCAUUGACAAAAUACUAAUAAAAAAAGAACAUUUUGUAUUUUGUUUUGGUUAUAGAACAUACAUAUAACUACUAACUUUCGAGUAUUUAAAAUUAAUAUUGAUACAGUGAGAUUGAAGUGAGGGAUUUAAUGACAGAUGGAGUGACUCAGUCGGGUGCCGACUCAGUCCGAUUGCCGAAAUACAAAGCAUCGUUAUGAUAAUAUUAGUAAUCUGUUGAAAGUGUUUAUAUCUAGAUAUGGAAUUGUAUAUCUAUAUCGACGCUGCGACUCCAUGACAAACAUGAUGUUAUAUACAUAUAUAUAUAUUAACGUACAGUAAUAUAUUUGAUGCUCCAUAUCCAUUUUGAUCCUCUUCAGUUAUAGGAAAGAACUUUGAAAUCUAAAAUACUUAGAGACAACUGAGACAUUUUUAGUUGCAGUUGCUGUUCUAUUCGUUGUUUGGUGGUUUGUCUUAAUCCUGAUAAAUACACAUAUUUUGAACUAGUUUAUUUUAGUGUUAGAUGUUUUUGUAGUGUCUGUGUGUAGUUGUAGUAGUUUAACUACGGCGCUAUGCCGAACCAUGCACUGUAGAUGAGCAGUUUCUUGAAUAAAGUAGUCUUAUAUAGUAGAAAAAUGCUGUUGCUUGAUGGUACUUUAUAUUUAUUACAUAAUAAUUAAUAUAUAAUCAUUCCUCAACUUGGUAAUUUAUUUGCUUGGAUGGCCUUGGGAUGAACUGUCAGCUUUCCAUUAACACAUUUAUACAUAUUUCAAAUGUGGGAGAGUCUUCAUGCUUUUGAGUAUUAUUAUUAUUAUUAUUUACAGAGAAAACAGUCGUGUUUUCAACCUGCUUUAAGUGAUCAAUUUCUCACUGCACGGUGUUGUCUGUGGGCUUACUAGAUAUUAGCAAACGGUGGGUUUCGUUAGUUUCCACUUAGAUAUAUAUUAUUUAUUGACGAUUUUAACCAAUCAAUUUUUCUCUCUUAGCUUAUGAAUGUCCUCUCUUCCAUCAAUGAGUAUUUUCCUCUUUGCAGCGUACAACCAAGUGACCAGUAGGGCCAAAUUUUCAACUCCACUCAUAAAUGUUGCUAAUUUUUCUGUAGAUAUUCCAUUCUAACAGAGCUAAUUAUGACAUUUUUGCUUUCCAUUAAGAAAUUGAAUGUUCAAGUAAUUAUUGCAUGUUAGGGCAAGUUUUUAUACGUAGUAUAACCACACACACACACACCAUGAGAACUCAUAACUGAAAAUCAUCCAACAUUCAAAACAGGCUUCCAAUGCUGAGGAAAGUAAGCUUCUUCGAUAACAACUACUCUCUCCUCCCAUAUUCUCUCAAACAGAACAUUGAUGUUCAAUGUUAUCAGACAUCAUAUCGUUUUAUUUCACAUGAAAUCUAUAAUUUUUAUCAUGUUUGGUGUCCACACUUUAUCAUAGUUGACAGACUUGUUUAUGUUAGUUUCAACUUACACUUUUUGUAGCAUAUCAACGACAAUCGGAUGUUAUAAACUUCUAUUGUUUUAAGAUUUGGAUCUUUUUUUUAAAGAUAAAUUGCAGAUUGAAGUAUUUCACAGGCCAACACUUGGACAAGACUUUCCCAAUACCAUCUCUGGCCAUAUUAGAAACGUUAUGUUUUUACACAUUGUAGAAAUGCUUUGAACCACGGUGUUUUCUUCUCUUUUUAGUGUGUGAUAAUGUAAUAAUUUGCUAUUGUGUUUAUCUAGUCCGACAUUUCUAGAUGUUAGCGCUACCGUACCAUAUCCUCCCCAAAUUUUGUAGUAUUAUUUAGAAUCAAUAUUGAAUAGUUCAGUCCCGGUGAUACUUUUGCUAAAUUUUUCGCCCCUUUAAACAAGACUUUAAUAAUAUUGUCUUGCAUGAUGAGUCUGUCAUAUAUAUAUGUCACUGUGUAGCUUUCAAAUAUUAACAAAAUCAACUAGUUUAUUGAAUAAUUAUUAAUUAUGGUAUCACUCUGUGGAAGAUGGUGUAUUAAUUAUUGCAUGAUAUAUAGUCUCAGAUCAUCUCUAUUCGGCUUUUAAAAAACUAACAUCAUGAAUAAUCAUUGUUCUUUCCCACUGUUUUUUAAUUGGCAAUAUUAUCCUACAAGAUAACUAUCUGAACUUUUUAACAAGAUUUUGAAAAUCAAUACACCCCGCUUAUUAAUCCCUAAAUAGGCUACUAGAUUAUUAUAGUGGUAAGCAUGACACCUGUUGUUAAAUCUAGUAAGCCCCAACUGAUUGAUAAUACGACUAUGUUCUCAAUCACUGCAAACAACGAAGGAUUGGUUUUAACCAUGGAGCGUCAUCUAGAUAUAAGAGAUUCGAGAUUUAUUCGAUAACUGAGAUAUCGAAUAAGGAAGGAGCAGCUUGGAGCAGAUUUACAAUUCAAAAUCGAUACACUUUGUCUUGGUGCAAAGCUGUCAACUAUUUCUCAUGGAAAUUUUGGGACAUUAAUCGCACUCAUGUGAUUAAUAUAUUUCUUCCCCUUGUAGGGAUGAAAACAAUUUACUCAUUUUAUGAUAAUGAAGUGACUUCUAACUGGAAUACUUCAACUUCGUACAGAAAUAUGGGUAUCAUGCGAUUUUUCAAAACAAUAUUCACUACCAAGAUAUAAUCUCAUGGUGAAACAUUUUGAUCCUAACGACUUGGAUCAAUCUAUUAUGCAUAUUGCUUCAUUUUUCUUUAGUUUGAUCCAAAUCUUUUGGGUCAAACUAAAGAGCUACAGCUUGAUGGUGAUUGUUGGAGAGAGGCUUUCUUCUUUGAAGAUAAAUGAAGGAAGGAUUUACUGAUCUUCGAAGGAGAAAUAUUUACUAGAUCAAUCCUGAUCUAAAAUGCUGCUGAAUUCGUUAUCAUUUUUAAUUUGAGUAUUUUAAUUGAUGGCUCUAUCAAUCUAUAACUGGAUUAAGGCAAAACGAAUAUUCAAAUUAAAAAUGAAAAAUUAAUCUAAUCCUCCAUACUUAUACAGAUUUCUUCUGUGCUAUUUCCCUAAAAGAUUCUUGAUGACUAGGACUUCUUAGGGAAAUUAAAAUGAGAGAACAGUUCAGAAUAUUUCAACAUAAUGGAUUUUCACCCACCCUAUAUUGUUAAAUAAGAGAGUAGAAUGAUUAAUUGAAGAUUCAAUCAUUGAGGAAAAUAUCCAAGAUAAUAUCAAAUUGGCUGAACUAUAUUUUCAUCAAGACGGUCUACUUAAAGAAACAUAUGCUAUAUAUAGAGACAAAAAACUUAAUGGAUUAGUUGACAAUUUGAUUGAUUAUGACUACUGAUUGGCAAUGUGAAAUUUCCGUGAUGCUGGUUGACAAUUAUUAUCGCUGGCUAUACCGUAUGGUAUGAGUUUCUGAUACAUGAUCUCUUGAAUUGACUAUUAUAUUGAUAGCCUAUCUGUACAGUAAUUUUACCGUAGGCGUCAGAAGUAAUUUAAGAUGUACAGUUGUAAAUAGUAGAAAACACCUAAUCCCUUCCUAUCAAGUAGUAUGUCAUGUUUUAUUUUCAUCUCUUACUUUCAAAUUUCUAUUACGUUGAAUUUUUAACUAUAUUUUUGUUACCAUUUUGAUAGUCAUUUUUGUUUCCACCUAUAGUAUCUGCACUAGAGAAUUGAGUCAAAGACAAUAAUAGUCUACUUGAAUACUGCCACAAAUGUACCGUACCGCGAUUUAUCUAUUUUUCAGUUAUUUUCAUCUUCAUCAUUACAUUUUUAGGAAUUCAUUAAUUUUUCACAGAAGAGUUACAUACUUCAUAAAUGGUCAAUUUACGUUGCAUGUCAAUUACUGUAUUAUCUUAGGGAACAAGAUUUUUAGGACGUUACAAAGUUCCACAACCAGAAGAUUCUACACCCUUCAUUUUUCAAAGUAUGAAUGUUGGGAAUGUUUGUGAUCAGAUUUUGUAGAAUUCUAUCCAUGGGUUGUAAGGCUGUGAGCUAGGUUUUUCAUCUUAUGAUAUUAAUAUUUUUGUUUUUACGAAGCUAGCUUGUUUCCUAAUAAUUAUUAUAUUAUUAUCUUCUACUAUUACUAACAAUCUUGAUGUCGGCUAUGCAUGUAAGUACCGUACUCCCCCCCUCCCUCACCUAUAGAUCCCCUUGAUCCAUUUGUACCUGGUGUUAUGUGAUAUAAUUAUAUAUUUCCUCUAAACAAUAUAUUUACCCGGUGAGCAAUAACUAAAACAUUUUCAAAAAUAGUUUUGUGUAAUUAGGGUUUUUACAUUGCGUAUAGUAGUCGAGUCUUACUAACCAGUAGGUAGUAUAUUUGUAGUAGGUAGUACUAAUAAUUGCUGAAUGUCGUAUAUAUGCGCAGUGAAGCUAGUAAUCCAAAUUUUUAGAAAAUUUCAAAUUUUGUGACCCAAACUUCCCUAGUCAUUUUCUUCUAUUAAUUUAUCAGAUCAUUCAGUGAAUUGUCUAUGUUCAUAGGUGAUCUGUGAAUAAUACAUCUUGAACUGUGAUGUUUUAUGUAAAUUAUCUUCAAUAAUCUAGCCUUAAUUCCUCAAGUGUUCUUCGUACUAAAACGUCUUCCUCUAGAACGAUACCUAAACGAUCAAACUUGAUGUGAUUGGAUGGCAACGAUUUCUCUGUAAUAUUUUAUGCCUAAUCAGCAGCGUAGAUGAAAGUAUGUGAUGAAAAAGCAAUAUAUACAAAUUGAUUAACGAAUGUAUAGAUUCUGAAGACAAAUUAUACUCGUAUUUUAAGAAGGAGUUUAUCAACAGUUUAUUAUCUUCGUCUAAAAUAUUAGCUUAUGCGAGUUUCAAUGAUGAAUUAUGUAAUACACACGAAUCAAACAUUAAAAAUAUCCUUUGAACUGAGACAACUAGACAUUUUUGUUCCAUUCUUAUAUAUAAAGAUUUUAUUUUGUUGAAAGGCAACUAAUUCUGCGUCAAACUUAUAGAUUUUUGUAAUUUAGGUUUAGAGAAGAUGAAGAAAGACUUUCAGUUAUUUAUAGUGAUCCACCAUAUUAUUAUUGUGGACAACUUGUAAAAAAACGGGAAAUCGAGUAUUUAAUUUUUUAAUGUGUUGAUAAAUAAAAAAUAUUUCUAAUAA